CUUUCGUGACAUCAGGUUGGCAACACUGCAGGGCCCGGCCCGCUAACAUAAACAUUGGCACUCGGCGACCACUGCCCCGCCACUGCCUAACUAGCCCCAUAAAACACCCCGCCACUGACAGCAUGGGCCGCCCCGCCCGCCUCGCCCUCCUGGCAGCCCUCUGUGUGUCUACGUGCAGCGGCGAGGACUUCUACAGCCUCACCGUGAAGGACCACCAGGGGCAGGACGUGGCCCUAGAGUCCUACCGAGGCAAGGUCACCCUGGUAGUUAAUGUGGCCAGUUUAUGUGGCUACACAGAGAGCACUUACCGUGCCCUGAAGAAGCUUCAUGACAUUUUGAGUUAUGGAGACCACUUCUCAGUGCUUGCUUUUCCAUGCAACCAGUUUGGUGAUCAGGAGCCAUAUGACAUCGAAGAAAUAGUGAGACAAAUCACAACAGAGUACAGUGUUGAGUUUCCUAUAUUCAACAAGAUUGAUGUUACAGGGGAGCGUGCUGACCCUGCCUUCCGACACCUUAUUGAGGACUCUUCUGUCAUACCAGACUGGAAUUUCUACAAGUACCUGGUGAAUGGGUCAGGCAAGGUCGUUGGGGCAUGGGGCACCCGCACCACCAUAGAAGAAAUCUUUGAUGAGAUACAGGCUGAGGUGGAGAAGGCCAAAAAGGCAGCAGCAGCAGCAGCAGCAGGGCCAUUGCCAGGUGUGGAUGGUAGUGCUAAAGAUGAACUUUAGUAAAUUUAGGUAGUGUUAGCAGCUUACAUUUGGGAGGUACUUACUAAUAACUAACAAGUCUGUUGAUGAAUGUUGUAGCCUUAGUGAAGGAAAUAGUUAUUUAAUGGCCAAGUGGUUGUUGCCUCAUUAUGACAGCUUUAAAGUGUGCCUCAUAUAAGUUUUUUUACCGUCUCAAAGAAUCUCUAAUAUCAAAAGGAAUCUUGAAUGUCUUCCGUGUGGUCAUGGUGUGGUGUGAAGUUGUUUGUCAUUUUGCAGCUUUUAGCUGCCUAACCAAUUUAACUAGGAAUGUAGUAAGAAGUAACUUUGUAAUUGAUAUUCUACAAUUAAGGUACACAGUUUAUCUGUACAGAUGAUAUUUUUAUAACAUUUUAUAAAUUGCCAGACACCUCAGUGAUAUUAAACAUGUGGUAAUGAGAUUAUUUUCAUAUGAAGUGUGAGUAGAUUUUUUGUAUAUUUAUUUUUUUAAUAUUGUAGAAACUACUUCCCCAUAAAACAGUUGCACCCAAAAUAAAACACUUCCUCACAGCCAUGCAACAAUCAGGUGCUGCACUAGAUGAUAAGUGAAGAGUGUUGAAGGCAUGUGAGGCGGGAAACUUUUUGAAUGAUUUUAGUUCUGCAGAAAACCUUUUGUUCCAAUGCAUUUUCAUAUUCUAAGCAUAAUAUAUUUUAAAGUUAUUUAGCAAAUAUUGGGUUAAUACUUAUGAUUUUGUAAAAGAAAAACAUAUCCUGAAAAUGAUAAUCUUAUUCAAACUAAGGUAAUUUUACUUUAAGGAAUGUUCCAGGAAUUUUCCAACUUGCAUAUUAUGAAUCCAGCAAGUUUCUACUUCAUAAUCUGGGUUCUCAAUUAUGCAAUAAGCUGCAAGGUUUUCAGAUGAAAUAGUCCUAUACAGCUGUGUUGUAAGACAGGUUAAAGUAAGCAAUUCUGGUGUACUUUGUUGCAGUGUUCUUCUACAUUGGGUUCAUAACAUUGUAGAAGAUUUGGACAAUAGUUGGUAAUUUAAUAAUCAUUGACAAGUUGAA